AGUUUAGUGUCUCCGCCAGGCUCUCAGGUCAUCCGUCCUGCACCCGUUUGUCUUCCUAACUGUACUCAGCUGCAAAAGCCCACCAGACCUCAGCCAAGAUGGAGGCCAUCAAGAAGAAGAUGCUCAUGCUGAAGUUGGACAAGGAGAACGCACUGGACCAGGCCGAGCAAGCUGAAGCAGACAAGAAGGCAGCUGAAGACAGGAGCAAGCAGCAUGAAGACGAAAUCCUGCAAAUGCAGAAGAAGCUAAAGGGGACGGAGGACGAGCUGGAUAAAUACUCUGAGGCUCUGAAGGACGCUCAGGAGAAGCUGGAGGUUGCCGACAAAAAGGCUGCCGAUGCUGAAGCAGAGGUGGCCUCCCUGAACAGACGCAUCCAGCUAGUGGAGGAGGAGCUGGACCGAGCUCAGGAGAGGCUGGCCACCGCUCUGCAGAAGCUGGAGGAGGCGGAGAAGGCUGCAGACGAAAGCGAGAGAGGCAUGAAGGUGAUUGAGAACAGGGCCCAAAAGGAUGAAGAGAAGAUGGAGCUUCAGGAGAUCCAGCUGAAGGAGGCCAAACACAUCGCAGAGGAGGCCGACCGCAAGUAUGAGGAGGUGGCUCGUAAGCUGGUGAUUGUAGAAGCAGAGCUGGAGCGCACAGAGGAGAGGGCGGAGCUUGCGGAGGCUAAAUGUGCUGAGCUGGAGGAGGAACUGAAGAACGUCACCAACAACCUGAAGUCUCUGGAGGCCCAGGCUGAGAAGUACUCUCAAAAGGAGGACAAGUAUGAGGAAGAGAUCAAGAUCCUGACUGACAAGCUGAAAGAGGCUGAGACCAGGGCUGAGUUUGCAGAGAGAUCUGUGGCCAAGCUGGAGAAGACUAUUGAUGAUCUGGAAGAUGAGCUGUAUGCACAGAAACUCAAGUACAAAGCCAUCAGUGAGGAACUGGACCACGCACUCAAUGACAUGACCUCCAUCUAAACGUCCAGAAGCUCCACCAUCCUGUCCUGUCGUGGUUUCAAGACUCUGCACCCAACCCCCGUUCCUUUUAUCACAUGUCAUCUCUCUUUCCUCAUUCCUGGUAGCCAUUGUUCAUUGUUUGUUUUCUCUUAAGGAAUGUUGUCCGUCUGAAUUCACUCUUCAUCGUACUUCUGUAUCACCUCUGUUCUGUACCAGAGUAAAACAAGAGAGGGGAGAAAGCUCGAGUUACU